AUGAAUAUAUUGAAGAAGGGAGCGGAGAAUUUGAAGAAGGGAGUGAUGAAAGCGAAGAAGGGUAUGGAUGAAUUAAUUAAUAAGGCACGUAAUGACGACGAUGCUCGGAGUAGUCUCCUUGCGUUGGCCAUCUGCUCACCUUUACCUUGGGUAAUUAGUUAUGCUUAUUCGGCGUUCCUAAAGAUGGUCGUAGCCGACGACUUUGAGGAUGAUGAUCCCAUCGUUUUGGUAUUUUUCGGUAUGAAGAAGCCUACGCCCUCACAACCCUACUUCAAGGUCCUGCUUCCUACCGAUGACCUUUUUUUGAUAGUUUUCGGCUGGAAAAGGCCCCAACAAUUAAUCAAGUUGAUGACUCCUGUUAUUGUUGAUUUCCUCCAUCGAGGGUUUCACUCCUCUUCCAUCGGUUUCGUUUAG